AUGGCGAGCCACGAGUCAGGUCCUCAAGGGCUCUCUCGGCGGCCAUCUCGGAGCGCCGCCACCACCAUAUUCUCCACUGAGGUGUUCGACAACGAGGUCGUCCCAUCGUCGCUCUCCAUCAUCUCUCCCAUCCUUCGAGCAGCCAAGGAGAUCGAGCAUGAGCGCCCUCGCGUCGCCUACCUCUGCCGGUUCUAUGCCUUUGAGAAAGCGCAUAGGUUGGACCCGAAUUCCACAGGACGUGGUGUAAGGCAGUUCAAGACAGCUCUCCUGCAGCGAUUAGAGAGGGACAAUGCGUCCAGUCUGGCAUCUCGGGUGAAGAAGACCGAUGCACAUGAAUUUGAGAGCUUUUAUUAUCAAUACUAUGAAAAUUAUGUGCAAGCACUGGACCAGGGGGAGCAGGCCGACAGAGCUCAACUUGGCAAGGCCUAUCAGACAGCAGGAGUGCUCUUUGAAGUUCUUUGUGCUGUUAAUAAGUCCGAGAAAGUAGAAGAAGUUGCUCCAGAGAUUAUCGCUGCAGCUAGAGAUGUCCAGGAGAAGAAGGAAAAGUAUGCGCCUUAUAAUAUCUUACCCCUGGAUUCUGGUGGGGGAUCCCAAGCUAUUAUGCAACUUGAAGAGGUAAAGGCUGCUGUAGCUGCCCUAAGCAACAUACGCGGCCUUAGUUGGCCCACUGGAUUUGAGCAACAGAGGCAGAGAGCUGGAAAUUUAGAUCUUCUUGAUUGGUUAAGGGCAAUAGACAACGUCAGGAACCAGAGGGAGCAUUUGAUUAUGUUUCUAGCUAAUGUUCACAUAAGGCUUCAUCCCAAGCCUGAACCUCUGAACAAGCUUGAUGAGCGAGCUGUAGAUGCUGUAAUGAGCAAGCUCUUUAAGAAUUACAAAAAUUGGUGCAAGUUUUUGGGAAGAAAACACAGCUUGAGACUCCCACAGAGCCAACCAGAAGUUCAGCAAAGGAAGUUACUUUACAUGGGUCUAUAUUUAUUGAUAUGGGGUGAAGCAGCCAACGUUCGGUUCAUGCCGGAGUGCCUUUGCUACAUUUUCCAUAAUAUGGCAUAUGAACUUCAUGGGCUGUUGGCUGGGAAUGUUAGCAUUGUCACUGGAGAAAACAUCAAGCCUUCUUACGGAGGGGAUGACGAGGCUUUCCUUCGAAAGGUCAUAACCCCUCUAUAUCGUGUCAUAGAAAAGGAAGCCAUGAAGAGCAAAAAUGGAAAAGCUCCAUAUUCAGCUUGGUGCAACUAUGAUGAUCUAAACGAAUACUUCUGGUCUGCUGAUUGCUUUUCUCUUGGUUGGCCGAUGCGAGAUGAUGGCGAUUUCUUCAAAUCAACACGUGACUUGAUCCAGGGAAGAAAGACUUCACGCAGAAAAGGUGGAAGCACUGGGAAAUCAAACUUUGUGGAGACCCGCACAUUUUGGCAAAUUUUUCGAAGUUUUGAUCGUCUGUGGACGUUCUAUAUUUUGGCUUUACAGGCAAUGAUCAUCAUUGCAUGGAGUGGAGUAACACCAAUGGAGAUCUUCCAGAAAGAAAUUCUUUAUAAGAUCUCUAGUAUUUUCAUCACAGCAGCAUUUCUUCGAUUCGUUCAGGGUGUAUUGGACCUCGUUUUGAACUUCCCCGGCUAUCAUAGGUGGAGGUUCAGCAAUGUUUUAAGAAACAUCCUCAAAAUUUUGGUUGGUCUAGCGUGGACUGUCAUUCUUCCUCUCUGCUAUGUGCAGUCAACCACAGUGGUCCCCGCUGAAAUAAGGAAUUUGAUCUCAUUCCUUCCUGAAGUGAAAGGAAUUCCUCCUCUAUAUAUCAUGGCUGUAGGCAUAUAUUUGCUUCCAAACGUACUUGCAGCUGUAUUGUUUAUUUUCCCAAUGCUUCGGCGUUGGAUUGAAAGCUCAGACUGGCAUAUUGUCAGAUUUCUGCUAUGGUGGUCACAGCCAAGAAUCUACGUUGGCCGGGGGAUGCAUGAGAGUCAGUUUGCCCUCAUUAAGUACACCAUCUUUUGGGCAAUCCUUAUAUGUUCCAAGUUCGGGUUUAGUUACUUUGUACAGAUUAAGCCUUUGGUGAAGCCAACAAAGGAUAUUAUGAAUAUUACUCGCAUCAAGUAUGAAUGGCAUGAGUUUUUCCCUAACGCUAAAAAUAAUUAUGGAGCAGUUAUAGCACUCUGGGCACCAGUAAUGAUGGUUUAUUUUAUGGACACGCAAAUAUGGUAUUCCAUUUUCUCAACUUUGUAUGGUGGCAUCAUUGGGGCUUUUGAUCGCCUAGGAGAGAUACGAACAUUGGGCAUGCUAAGAUCUCGUUUCCAGUCUCUACCUGGUGCUUUCAACACAUAUUUGGUACCCUCAAACAAGUCGCAGAAAAGAGGGUUCUCUUUCUCAAAACGUUUUGCAGAGGUUUGACUACUGUACUUACACCAUUGAAUUAAAGUCAUACCACUGAAUCAAUUAGAGUAUAACUGCAUCUGGAUCCUACUUUUGGCAAUUUUUAGGUUCCAGCUAGCCGGAGAAGUGAAGCUGCAAAAUUUGCUCAGUUAUGGAAUGAAGGAGAUGGAUCUGCUGCUAGUUCCUUAUACAUCUGAUCCUAGCCUGAAGAUAAUUCAGUGGCCCCCAUUUUUGCUUGCUAGCAAGAUACCAAUAGCAUUGGAUAUGGCUGCUCAAUUUCGAUCUAAGGACUCUGAUCUUUGGAAGCGUAUAUGUGCAGACGAAUACAUGAAAUGUGCAGUGAUCGAAUGCUACGAAUCUUUUAAACUUGUUCUCAAUGUUUUAGUGAAUGGGGAGACUGAAAAGAGAAUUGUGGGUGUAAUCAUCAAAGAAGUCGAGAGUAACAUUUCAAAGAAUACAUUCCUUCAGAAUUUCAGAAUGGGUCCUUUACCAACUCUUUGUGCGAAAUUUGUGGAGCUUGUCGGAAUCUUGAAAGAUGCAGAUCCAGAAAAACAAGGUAGAGUGGUGUUGCUUCUGCAAGACAUGUUAGAAGUAGUUACAAGUGAUAUGAUGGUGAAUGAGAUCAGGGAUGUACUGGAGCUCGGGCAUAGCAGCAAAGAUACUGGCAGACAACUUUUUGCUGGUACUGAUCCAAAACCCGCCAUAUUGUUCCCUCCUGUGGUAACAGCACAUUGGGAAGAACAGAUAAGGCGCCUCCAUCUCCUGUUAACGGUGAAGGAGACCGCCAGUGACGUACCCACAAACCUUGAAGCUCGUCGAAGGAUAACUUUCUUUGCCAAUUCACUCUUCAUGGAUAUGCCACGUCCUCCUCGUGUCCAUAAAAUGCUUUCAUUCAGCGUCUUGACUCCAUACUAUAGUGAGGAAACUGUCUAUUCCAGAGCUGACCUUGAGUCAGAGAAUGAAGACGGUGUGUCCAUCAUAUUUUAUUUACGGAAGAUCUUUCCAGAUGAGUGGGAUAACUUCAAGGAGCGACUCAACUGCCAUCAUGACAACGAGAUCUUUGAAAGUGAAGAGAAUAUUCUGCAGCUUCGCCACUGGGUCUCUUUAAGAGGACAAACGCUCUUGAGAACCGUUAGAGGGAUGAUGUAUUACUCGAGAGCAUUGAAGCUUCAGGCUUUUCUUGACAUGGCUGAUCAGGAAGAGAUACUGCAGGGCUACAAAGCCAUAACAAUUCCAUCAGAAGAAGACAAGAAAGCUAGAUCUCUGUCCGCUCAAUCAGAGGCAAUGGCUGACAUGAAGUUCACAUAUGUUGCUACCUGUCAGAUCUAUGGAAAUCAGAAGCGAAGUGGAGAUCGUCGAGCUACAGACAUACUGAAUUUGAUGGUUAAUAAUCCUGCACUACGUGUAGCUUAUAUUGACGAAGUUGAAGAACGCGAGGGUGUAAAGGUACAGAAGGUGUAUUACUCUGUAUUGGCCAAAGCAGUGGACAAUCUAGACCAGGAAAUAUAUCGCAUAAAACUACCGGGUUCAGCUAAAAUAGGAGAAGGGAAGCCUGAGAAUCAGAACCAUGCCAUAGUUUUUACUCGAGGGGAAGCUCUUCAAACUAUUGAUAUGAACCAGGAUAAUUACCUGGAAGAAGCUUUUAAGAUGCGUAAUCUGUUGGAAGAAUUUAACGAGGAUCACGGAGUACGUCCACCUACAAUAUUAGGUGUCCGUGAGCAUAUCUUCACUGGAAGUGUUUCUUCUUUGGCAUGGUUUAUGUCAAACCAAGAAACCAGCUUUGUCACCAUUGGCCAGAGAGUUCUCGCGAGGCCUUUGAAGGUCCGGUUCCACUAUGGACAUCCAGAUGUAUUUGACAGAAUCUUUCACAUUACACGGGGUGGUAUAAGCAAAGCUUCUCGUGGCAUCCAUCUCAGCGAGGAUAUUUUCGCUGGAUUCAAUUCAACACUUAGACGAGGGAAUGUCACUCAUCAUGAAUACAUACAAGUUGGCAAGGGUCGAGAUGUUGGACUCAAUCAAAUAUCACUCUUUGAAGCAAAGGUAGCUUGUGGUAAUGGGGAGCAGACUCUUAGCAGGGAUAUCUACCGGUUGGGACACCGGUUUGACUUCUUCCGCAUGUUGUCAUCCUACUUUACAACUGUGGGUUUUUAUGUCAGUGCAAUGAUGGUUGUCCUUGUUGUCUAUCUUUUCUUAUAUGGCAAGCUCUACCUGUCGUUGAGUGGAUUAGAAGCGUCAAUAUUUAAGAUUGCCCGUGCUAGGGGAAAUGACCCGCUGAAGAAUGCCAUGGCUUCACAGUCUGUUGUCCAACUUGGGUUGUUAAUGGCCUUACCCAUGGCAAUGGAAAUUGGACUGGAAAGAGGUUUCAGAACUGCAUUAGGCGACAUCAUAAUUAUGCAGCUACAGCUGGCAGCAGUCUUCUUUACUUUCUCUCUCGGUACAAAGGCCCAUUACUUUGGACGCACUAUUUUGCAUGGAGGGGCCAAGUACAGGGCAACUGGCCGUGGGUUUGUGGUUCGGCAUGAGAAAUUUGCAGAGAACUACAGGAUGUAUUCAAGGAGUCAUUUUGUGAAAGGACUGGAGAUCAUGAUCUUACUAAUAGCAUAUCAGAUCUAUGGUUCAACAUUCGGUAGUUCAACUGCUUAUUUGUUCCUCACUGCCUCCAUGUGGUUCUUGGUGGUUUCCUGGUUGUUUGCUCCUUUCCUUUUUAAUCCUUCAGGGUUCGAAUGGCAGAAGAUAGUGGAUGAUUGGGAUGAUUGGACAAAAUGGAUGGGCAAUCUCGGUGGCAUUGGUGUGCCUGCAAAUAAGAGCUGGGAAUCCUGGUGGGAGGAAGAGCUGGAACAUCUACAGAGUACCGGGUUCUUAGGAAGAUUUUGGGAGAUUGUUCUCUCUCUUCGUUUUUUCCUAUACCAAUAUGGGAUCAUUUAUCACCUGCACGUCGCCCAAGAUAACAAGAGCAUCCUGGUUUAUGGAUUAUCAUGGCUCGUAAUUGUCGCCGUCAUGGUCAUCUUAAAGAUUGUGUCCAUGGGUAGAAAGAAGUUCAGUGCUGAUUUCCAGUUGAUGUUUAGACUCCUCAAACUGUUCCUGUUUAUCGGGUUCAUGGUCACUCUUGGCAUGCUCUUUGCAUUCCUUAGUCUCACAGUCGGAGACAUCUUCGCCAGCUUACUGGCCUUCUUGCCGACGGGAUGGGCCCUGCUGCAGAUAUCACAAGCGUGCAGGCCAUUGGUUAAGGGCCUCGGAAUGUGGGGGUCCGUGAAAGCACUCGCGAGAGGGUUCGAGUACUUAAUGGGACUGGUCAUCUUCACGCCAGUGGCCAUGCUCGCAUGGUUCCCAUUCGUCUCGGAGUUUCAGACCAGGCUGUUGUUCAACCAGGCCUUCAGUCGAGGACUUCAGAUCCAACGUAUUCUGGCCGGUGGAAAGAAAAACAAGUAAGCUUUAACCGCCACGGUAUCAUUGUGGGAGGCUGAAGAAGAGAACCCGGCAUCUGGAAGAGGAACUUGAUCUGAAGUAGCCUUUG